AUGCCAUCUCCCAAGAAACAUGAUUCAUCAACUAAAGCUGAGGCAUCUCAGCAAGGCCCUAGGAAGCUCAGCAAUACCAACAAACGGGCCUCCACCCAUGCCGAUGGACGAGCUGUAGCCCAAAACUUUGUCGUCGCUGACUCCUCGAUUAAUGAAGAAACCAAGAUAUCUACCCGGUACAAAGCAACCGCCAAAGCCGACGUAUCUUUUAGAGAAUCGGCUUACAACCUAAGUAAACGUCCCGUUGAGGGGCAACACGGCGCUGCCAACGGUGUACUUAUCUCCUCGUCCACUAUGUGUGCCGAAAUCAGACCUUCCCCACCGACUUCAAAUUCGACUACCGAGAACGAAACAACUGACCCCUCUACGACUAGCAAACCCGCGAAGUUGCCACCUGCGCCGACUCCUCCUGCUCACUACGUAUCUCCUGUAAAGCGUUAUCGUCUACUCCGCGCGGAGCAGGCAGCGGAUCGCGAAAUUGUGACAGCGGUGGAGCAAAUGCAAGAUUUCAUUCGAGUCAAUGACGUCAACCAGCCGACUGUUCGUGCACGUCUUCAGGGCAGAGAAUCGCUGCAAAAGUUGCAGCAAGCAUUUCGAGAUAACUAUGAUCGUGACUACUCGGAGGUGGAACAACUUCUGGUAACAGCAACGAUUUUCGGGUGCACAGUGAAAUCACCAGGGAUUCCGCCCGACGAAGCCAUUGUGACGAUCACGAACCCAAUCAAGGCGGGCUUAUUAUGGGCAAAGCGUGCCAGCUCAACACCAGGCUGGCGAGCAUGA